GUAGAAAUUGUGAGAGUGUGGGCAAGUGAAGCGGAAGGAGCUUAGCUUACCGGUAGCUUCAGCCGUGGCUAAGAAAGAAGAAAGAAAGAAGAAAGAAAGAAUAGCGCGCCGAACGCCAGCAGUGUUGGAGGCACGGAGAUGACCGUUAGGUAUUGUAGCAGUAGCUCCCCUACUGGAGGGUACUGACCGGUUAGCACUCCGGCAGGCACCCAACAGCUCUUUCAAAAGUGGAAGACAAAAGGUUUUGGCGCCUGAGACUAACGGGACAGGUUUGAGUCCUCAUUAGCAGGAUAUGCUUCCGCGUGGAAUUUGACACCAAGUACGCAACAAGUUGAAGCGACAGAGCUGUUCAUUACUUGCCCACGGACCCAUCAACCUCGUCAGAUACCAUACGAUACCCACAAAAGCAACACAAAUCCCAGCUUACUAUCCUACUAUUCUCUUAAUAGCUAGCUAGCUAGGAACCAGUCUUUUUUGUUUCCAAUUAAUUAAUUAAUUAAUUUUGACCAUGGCCCGAGGAGCUGAUGCGAAACUGCGUCGCCGUCAGAAGCGCAAGAACGAGAAUGAAGAAGUGACGAACAUGUUCAACGUGACGAGUGACUCUGAUGAUGAUAGCGACAAUGAUCAACAACAAGACAAUGGCGAAGAGAAGAAGGAGAAAAAGUCGAAAAAGGAAGAACCGGAACAACGCAUUCCCAAGAAGAAUCCAGGCAUCAAGACCACUCCUCUCAUUCUACUCAUCAUGAUGGUCGGAACUACCAUCUUGCCGGCAUUGAUUUAUGCCUCGGAUAUGAUUGCCAACUAUGCGCAGAAACACCAUGUCUUGGGAUCCAUUGGAUUUCGCUUGGGCGUGGGGGCUGUCCCUCGUCAACGCGUUCUCUCGUUCUACGAAAAACACGAUCCCAACAAGAUUGAAGAGGUCCCCAACAUUCUCGCAAAACACUAUGGAGACUAUCCAAAAUUGGUCAAAAAACUCGAACGCAAGUAUCAAGAUUACGGAUACUUUCUGGGAUGGGAGGAAGACGAAGCACCACUCACACUAGCCUUGGAACAGAUUGCCGAAACACGCGAGUACUUUGUCAAUCAGUACUGGAAUCGAUACGCACCACAGAUACUCAAAACAGCCGCCAGAAACAUACGAUACAAUCUCGCCUUUGUCUACAAAAAGGGGUCCAAAGCCUGGAAACGACAAGUCUGGCCCAUCUUGGAACCAUUCCUAGGAGUUCCCAAAGGAGCCGAAAAACAAAGGCGCAAGGAUGCCAAGGAAGCAAAAGCACGGAAAGAGGCGCGGACGGGAGGUGCCGGAACCAGACGCAAGAAUCGAGACUAUCGAGAUGAUGUCGAAGAGUAAAUUACAAAGUACUACUGGUACUGGUAGUCUGUGUGUGAUGGCAGGCACUCCACAAAACCAGCCACAAAGCAACCUGCGCCUACAAGCCACUCGCUUGAUCUGACACUGCUUACUUCCUGUGCAGAAUCAAAAACCUGCAUUGUUUAUCAAAUAAUAAUUACAUUGACUUUGUAUGGUGAUUAUAGUUAGUGUGCUGUAGGGGCACGUACACACACACACAAU